AUGCAUUUUCCAAUUAUUCACCAUUAUGAACGAAAUAAAGAAGUAGCUUUUUCCAUAGAAACCUCGAAGAAUACCUUUUCACCGGAAGAACAUUAUAAAGGACAACGAGCUACCUUCCAGAGGGCUAUGAAAGUUACUGUUAUUGUCGGUCAAUGUUUUGCCUUAAAUCCGGUACUUGGUGUUAGCGACUUCGAUACUUCCAACUUAAGAUUUACAUAUUUUUCUGGUCGUUGCGUUUAUACCCUGUUUGCAAUCGUCGGACAAGCAAUCUUCUUAACCUGUUUCUCCUUUAUCAAAUACUUUAAUGAAACAAGCACUUCAGUUACAUCGAAUACUUCCCUAGUUUUUUAUGUAUCCAACACGAUAAUCACAGUCCUUUUCCUACGGUUAGCAAGACAAUGGCCUAAAUUAUGUCAGUAUAUAUCAAAAAUAGAAGCGGCAGACCCGGUUAUAGAUACAACUUUAGUAAAGAAAUGCAAUGUCUCUUGUAUCGUAAUUCUCGUUCUGGCUAUGUUUGAACAUGGUCUAGCUGAGCUAUCCGGAAUGGUAAUGGCUGCUGACUGUGAACCCAGCAAAGUUUACGAGGCAUACAUCGUUCAGAGCUUCCCUUGGAUUAAUCUGUAUGUUAACUAUACUCUCUUACUUGGCAUCAUAACACAGUUUCUUAACAUAUUAUGCACAUUUAAUUGGAAUUUUGUAGACAUAUUUAUUAUAUCUAUCAGUUUUUAUUUGACUUCACGGCUGGAACAAGUAAACAAAAGGAUAGCUGAAGUUAGAGGGAAGUACGUUCCGACAGCAUUUUGGAGGAACGUACGGGAAGAUUACAACAGAGCGACAGAUCUCGUAAGGCGAGUGGACAAAGUGAUAGGAAGCAUUGUGUUUAUAUCAUUCGCAAACAAUCUCGUAUUCAUAUGUAUGCAACUGCUGCAUACUUUUGCAAACGGCAUCAAAGCUACCAGUAGCUGUCACGAUCCAGACAAAAGGCCAUUACAUGGUUACGAACAAGCGGUUUACUUCACAUAUUCCUUUUUGUUUCUCGUCGUGAGGUCAUUAGCUGUGUCCCUCAUAGCGUCCCAAGUCCACACAGCGAGUCGACAGCCGGUAUAUGCUUUGUAUGAAGUGCCAUCUGCAGUUUAUUGUAUAGAGGUUCAAAGACUUAUUGAACAAAUCCAUGGGGAAACCGUUGCUUUGACUGGUUUACAGUUCUUCAAAGUAAAACGUGGAAUAGUUUUAGCAAUUGCCGGUACAAUUGUCACUUACGAGCUUGUGUUGCUACAGUUCACUGGAGUUACACCAACAGUCACGCCUAUAGAUGAUACGCCUUACACCGAUUAA